AUGGCCGACACGGAGACCGACUCUACAGCGCCAGCGCCCAAAACGGUGCCCUAUUUUGCUGAUGACUUUGAUACCAUCAGUUCCCAAGCCACUGAGGAACACAGUUCAUUUCACAAGGCUCUUUCGGAUUGUUUUCAUGCUCUGAGAGAAUCACGAGAAGAAGCCAAGCCUUUGUUCGCCAAUGAUCCAACAGAGGAACCCAAGUCUUCCGCUGAAACUGAAAGCGGAAUCUUGAAUCGAGUCCCAGCAGCUGUCGCAGUCAACUUCAUCGAUCCAACCACCAAGCUGUCUCCAGGACCAAAGUCGAACACGCUUGCCAAAUCCAGCAGUGGAGCCGGCAUUGAGAAUGUCUACGAGAAACUGACGUAUGUAUUUGAACGAGAUUAUGGCUCCACUUUACGAAGUAUCCAAUACAAGAAUCCGAGAACUGGAGACAAUAGUGUCAUUUCGAGCCUUCCCGUUACUUCCAGUUUGUUUGGGACUGUAUCCGACAAUGCCAUCUCGGCACCUCUGAGUGAACCUUCCGAAUGGCAUACGGGACCUUUCUGUCAUGUAUAUAUCGCUGCCUGUCAAGGAUUGGAGCACUAUCGAGCCAAAAUUCGACCCUCCUUGCAAGCUUUUGUGAGUCAGAUUGAAUCUGCAGCAACACAACCACAACUAGCUACAACGGGUGGACAAGGUGGCCAUAGUGCCCAUUUCCUAGUGGUAUAUAUUCCCACAGGUGCCAAAGAAAAGAACGAGGACAACAAACCAGAGAAUGUGCGAAGUGCGGUCGCCAAUCGAUUGUCCAUGGUGCGAAGGCGAUUUGCCAACAAAGAUGAGUUGGAUGGCUCGCAACACAGCAGAGACUCGCUGGACAGCAACGGAGUGUUGGAUGAGAAAGAAGAAGAGGAGGUAGGCUCAUUGAGUCUCCUAUCGAAAACUGAGCGUAAUAUUUACAAGAAAAUUGCUGCUGAUUUUCCAAAUGGCAAGGUUUGUGCUCUUUCGAGAGCGUCCUUGAGCAGUAAAAUCGAGACAGAGGAGGUAUCUUCUUCUGGGUUUGGUAUCAAGACCCAAGAGUGGAAUUCUUUCAACCGAUGUCUUGGGCAAGUCAUUGUUAGUGGGUUCAAAGACCGCUGUCGAAGGUAUAAAGAUGAGCUAAGAAGGCUGGAUACCCAACGAGCCAGCGAGGCUUCGGCAAGGAAGAAUGGAAGCCACGUCCCUCCAGAAUUCAAUGAGUUCAAUCUUGCCAACUUCUUUCUUGUCAAAGAAAGUCUUGCAUUUACAUAUGAACAAAUGCAACUGUUUUCGGAAGCUUUGCUGCAGUAUGAUGAAUUCCGUGGAUUCCUUCCCCAACUCACAACCAGAGGUUAUAUGGAAGCGAAAAGAGACAGAGAACAUUGCGAGGCUUUAAAGCCGGAUCCUGAUUCACCAACCCUGUUGGAACUUGCGGAUUCUGGUGACUUUACCGGCUUUCGCAAGAAGAUUCAGCAGGUAUCGGAUUUGAAGCCUAUUCUUGAUACAAUGAAUCGGUAUCUAUUUGCAAGAGAGCUAUGCCUUUUGACAAAAAUGGAGCAACCCGCAGAACUGGUAGCGCGGUGCAGAAGGUUCAUCAAGAUGAUGUAUGGAAUUAUGAUGAGGGGGAUUUCAGAAUGUAGUCCAGAGGAGCAAAAGCUUCGAAAGAUUAAAGCAGCAGAAUGGGUGAUCCAGUGCUCGUGGGAUGUCAAGUGUGCAAGUGAGCAAUAUCUCCUCUCCAUGGCCGAGGCAAUGCGAUCAUCAUUUCGGGAUGAUGCGUCUCAAGGUACAUCACUCAGUCUCACGAGCGAUUCAUCGGAUGCAACUCGCUUGGAACAAGUGUUGGCGCGGCAACUCAGUGAACUCCUAGAAGUUGCUCGUCUACUCUACAAGGAGCUUGGUAGCUUGAAAUUCCUCGAUGGGAAUCCUCUCAAGGCCUACGAGAGUGUGCUCCCGGCAGAUAUGUUUGAAUUGUGGAAACCAUGGGAAGCACAAGCACUAAAGCCAAAGGACGAGACGCUGGUUGUUGAAAAGAAGAACAAAGAGCCUCCACGACGAGUGUCGAUUAUACAACGUGCUUCUGUUCCAAUGAUUAAUGAUCCCCAUGACAAGCGGGAGUUCAUCUUGAAAACCGCGUUCGACUCGAAAGAAUCUUAUGAGGAUAUCUACCUUGAAAUGGCGAGUUCUUUGGUUACAUUGAAUAAGUUUGCUGGUCGCAAACGGUUUGCUGCGAGACACCAAGGUGAUAUUGCAGAGUCGUUUGUGAGGAGUGGGCUGUUGGUAGAAGCUGCCAAGAUCUUCAAAAAGACAGUAAGAAUUUGUAGGUGGGAUCACUGGGAUCGUUGUCACUUUUAUCGGCUGUUUCGAUUAGCAUAUUGUCAGCGGACGACGGCAAAGCCAUCCGAUUACUUGAAGACACUGGUCAGUGCUUUCAGCCCACGGACAACGGCUGUGGCUCCUCCACUGGCACUUCUUUACUUGCAAGACGACUUGGAGGCUGUCAUUGGGCAUCCAUCCGUGGGAGAGGCUCGAUAUGGAAAGCUUGCAUUCUUGGAAGCACAAAUGAAAAUUGAAAAUACUUCCGAUGACCCGAAAAGCCUGGGAGCUGCGUUUGACCGAAAGCAAUUGGCCAAAAAGUAUUGUUCUGUCGGUGAAACAGUACGGAUACAAGUUACAUUGAACAGCAACUUGCCCCGAGCAAUCGAGCUAAAUUCCCUGCAACUGUUUAUCGUUCCGUUUGAUAGCUUCUCUUCCAUUGUUGAGAAUCACGAGUCCGUAGAGGAGGAAGAUGCGUUCAAGAUCUUGACGAUAGGUGCACCAAUCAAGCUUGCAACUGGUGCAAAUACGUACUUCUUUGAAUGGUCUCCUUCCACUGCUGGACAGUACAUUCUUUCAACAGCAGAAAUUGUAUGGAAGCAAGGGUACUUCUAUUACGAUGGCAUGGAUCUUCCAGAGAAUUUGUAUGGAGUUGAUGUUCUACCGAGUGAACCGACUCAUUCACUGUCAAUUGAGCCUGCUGUUCUCCUUCCUGGUCAUGAUCAAGAAGUCCACUUAACAUUUAAUGCUGCAGACGAUUUUAUUGUAGCUGGCAAGCUGCAAUUGGACUGUUCAGAAGGGCUUACUAUAAUCCCGCCCGGCGAAGAUCCUUCUUCUGGAAAUUGGCAAAGCAGCUGCGAGGUUGAUUUGGGGUCGUACAAAGCGGGAGAAACCAAAUUGUUCAUAGCUCAUGUGAGGUGUGGGCUCAUCGACAAAUUUUCGCGGCAGUCAAUUUUGCAGCAAUCUUCUAUUGACAAGGUUCAUGGCUUCAGUGUCAAAGGUGUUACAACUUAUUUGCACGAAGAAUCAGUGGACGCGGAUCAUCCGAUGCGAAAUACAAUGGAAUUGUUCGCACCCAUUCUUGAAAAAACUGCUUUGUCGGUUGAAGGAAUUGACCUCGUAUGGGUUGCAGAAAGGCAAAGGGCGAUCGUUAGCAUUCAGCUCAUAUCAAAUACCCCAAGAUAUUUCUCCCUCGAAAACUGGAAGUUGGUUUUGCCUCCACCCUUUUCUGUAACUAAUGGUGUAGAUCUCAACGGCGAUUUGCUAAAAUGCAAGGUCUUCAACGGAGACGAACUUUCUUUGGCGUUUGAUUGCUCGGUGGUUGAUGGCGCAGAUGGUUCGGGUGACGAAGAACCAAUACUACAAGUGGAACUUAGCGACGACGUUGGCAAAAAGUUCUCAUUGGAUCUGCCUAUUGACAUGAACGAGCAUUAUCUUCAAGUACUUGAAUCAUCUGCCACUCCGAAAUCACGAGGCACUGCUGCAGCAACAGUAGCUUUGGGCGCCCCAGAAGGCCAGGUUGGUGAACCAGUCAUUAUGAGUUUCAAGAUCGAUCAAGAGUCAUUGGGAUCAGCUGGUACAAUUGCGUACUCCAUUUCAUCAGAUGGAAGCAACUGGUUGAUUGGUGGUCAGGUAAAUGGCAUAAUUGACACGGCUUCGUUAUCAUGCAAUGUGAUUGCCAUUCCAACAGUAGCUGGGCAGCUAUCUUCUUUUCCAUCAAUAAGGCUGCGGAGCUCGCUUGGCAACGGAGAAUACUCGCCACUGAUCACCAAAAUGCAGUAUCCACCAACCUUUCAGUCACUGGCAAGAACCAGCGAGGUGGCGGUUGCAUUUUCAAACAGUAAAUGA